CGCGGAUGUCAACAAAUCAGAUUGAGCGAUGGGCUGAGCAGCGAGGAGGAGUUAUGAGAUUACAUGUGGUGUUUUGUUUACAUACACCAAAGGAUGCACGCGUAUUCACUAGCGACGCGUGAAUUGUAAACAGCGCAUCUUGGUUUGAUGUGCGAACCAAAAUGCUAAUUGCAGGAACGGUCAACGCAGGACAGAGAGAAUGCGAGCGGCACACCAGAUUUCAUUACUGGGAUAUUUACCUGACCCUUUUAUUGAUUAAUGUGACAUUUCAUUUAAGUUUGGGGACUUUGACAGAUAAUGACAUUUUAAUUAAAAACUCUGGUGUGGACGUUUUUAUUGGACGCCAUGUGUUUGUAAGUCCAGAUAAUGAUUUAAAAAUUAAUGUUAGUGAGAAGGACAGAUGCAGAGUGACUGUGUUGCAGAGUGAUCUUUUGUCUCAAGGACCAGGGAAAUUGCAGCCUCAAAAUUUUCCAUGUAAUUUCCCUCAAAAUUCAGUUCAAUACAUUCACUAUGGAGCCAAAGAACCCAAAGAGGAUUAUCUUCAUUUAAUGAUUCAUUAUGAAUCUGCCAACCAAUCUUUAAUCAUUCCAUUAAUUUUUCAUGUGAAAAUUCAAAAUGUGCAAUAUCAAAUAGUGACUAAGAAUAUUCCUCUUAAUGUAACUAAACUUUCAGGAUUAAGUAAUUCCUUUUCUGAUAGCAAUACAGGUUUUUCCUAUGAUAGAGACAAUCAGCGGUGCAAAAUAACUCUGUUGUCCCAAGUUUCAGGAUUACCACGUUAUGGAUACAUUGCUAAUGACACUUCAGAAUUUGUUAUGGUUGACUGUGAUAAAUUUUUACAACUUGACAUCAUCUACAAACUUUUUGCCUCAGCAAGCUCAUCUAAUAGAGAUUUUAUUCCGCUGGUGGUUGAAAUAACAGACACUGAUGGUGAUUUGAUGUAUCAAGAAUAUUUUCAUAAGCCGAUUAUUAUUGAAGGGGGUCUCCAAAAUACAAGACCCCAGCCUAGCUUUAAUGCUCUUCUAGUCAUGGAUGUAAGUCAGGGAAAUGCCAUUGAUCAAUUUAUAAUGACAUCAAUUUCAUCAAAAAUCCUAGCAGCAGAGGAUAAGGAAACGCCAGCUGCCCAAUUGAUUUUCAAUGUUACAAAGCCCCUAGGACCUGAUCAAGGUGAAUUAGUCAGCACUAAUGACAGGAAUCAACCACUUAGGUCAUUCUACCAAAAAGAUGUUUUUGAUUUGAGGAUUGCUUACAAACCGCCCAAGACUGACUCAGACAAAAUAAGGUCUUUCCAAAUUGAACUGCAAGUAAUUGAUGGAGAUGGACUAAGAUCUGCACCUUUUACCCUCCUUAUUUCUGUCAAACCAAUGAAUACUCUCUCUCCCAUUGUCACUCUCAACAGGGGGGUACAGAUGUUUGAAGGACAGUCUCGACCACUUCACACAGAAAAUCUCCAAAUUUCUGAUGAAGACAAUUUAAAUAAUGUUAAAAUUUUUGUAGUAGAUGGGGUUAGGCAUGGUGAAUUAAAGAUUCCUGGGAACCGAAAUUAUUUCACUCCAAAAGACCUGAAGGAUGGGACAGUGAUUUAUAAGCAUGAUGGUACAGACACUUACAGUGACAAUAUUGUCCUCAGAAUGACGGAUGGGACACACAGUGUGGAAUUUCUAUUUCCUGUAACUAUUUACCCAGUAGAUGAUGAAUCUCCAGUUUUAAGUUACAACACGGGACUUGAUAUUAAAAAGGGGCAAAUUGUGGAAGUUAAUAAAUUUGUUUUGAGUGCCACAGAUGUUGACAGUGAAGAUGCGGAAAUCCUCUUUAUACAACAGCCUCCUUAUUCAGUGAUUGGCAGAUUUCUUAGAAGACAGUUUUCAGCACAUUCAAAUCAAACAAAAUGGCAGUACAUAAAUGGAGUUUACCAACAAGUAGCAAAUGAAUUCACACAACAAGAAAUAAGUGAUGGCAAAAUAUUUUAUCAACAUUUUGGACCAGGUAUGACAAGAAUCAUUGUAGAUAGAAUAAAAUUAAAAUUAUCUGAUAGAAUGGACCCACCUAAUCUGUCGCAAGAAUAUACUUUUAUAGUGAAAAUUUUGCCUGUAGAUGAUACACCACCACGUCUUGACGAAGCCACUCUCCAACUAAAUGUUAAUGAAUUUCAAAUGACUGUCAUUAAGAAAAAGAAUCUGAAGUACACAGAUGAGAGUACUGUAGACAGGAAUCUCAAAUAUCAGAUCUCAAGACAACCUUAUGAUACAGAUAAAUAUACUCGUUUACCAGCAGGGAGAUUAGUGCUCUGUGAUUCCCCAUCAGAGGGGGUCUCCAGUUUUACCCAAGCUCACGUCAAUCACCUGAAAAUCUGCUAUGUUCCACCAAACAGAGAACUGGGAUUGACCAAGAGAAUUAUAUUUUUUAAUUUCAAUGUAGAAGAUAUGCACAGGAAUAUUCUGCGUAAUGAACAGUUUCAAAUUAUUAUUCACCCUAAUGACAAUAAACCACCAAGGGUUCAAAACACAGGCUUUCAUGUUUUGGAAAAUGGAGAAUUUUCCAUCAAUCAAAAUACACUAAAAAUAAGUGAUCCAGACACUGAGAAUUCUUUGUUGAAAAUCAUUAUCACCCAAUUACCAAAACAUGGAGUUCUGAAAAAUCUUCAGCAACCUCUAAUUCAAAACGACAGUCUCACACUGAGAGAUAUAGCAAGUGGAAACAUCAUUUAUAAAAACUCAGGGGAUGAAGCCACAAAAGACAGUUUUAAUGUGUAUGUUACAGAUGGUAUUCAUCGUGUACCUGCUUUCAUUCCAAUCAAAAUUGACCCCGUGGAUGAUGAGUCCCCUUCCUUUGUGGGGGACCAGUCCAAUGUCCUGUUCAUCAGGACUCAGAUAAACGAGGGAGGGAGUACAAUGGAGUGGAAUAGACAAAUUAAUGCAACAGACCCCGAUACCAAUGAUCUGGAUCUCACUUUCAUAAUAAAAAAUCGUCCAAGAAAAGGUAGAAUAGUGAUGAACAACCAACUUGUUACAUCAUUUACCCAAAAGAAUUUGAUAGAUGGCAUUUUAGUUUAUCAACACUUGAGUAAAGAAAUAGGGAUGGAAGAGACUAAUGAUAGCUUUGUGCUUGCAUUAACUGACAAUAUGGAGGGAUUUGUAGUACAAAACAAUAAUGUUAAAACUGUGGAGGUUCUGAUCCAAAUUUUACCAGUCAAUGACAAAGCCCCUGAAAUCAUUUUUGGAGCCCCUUAUGGGGUCAAGGAAGGUGAAAAGUCUCCCAUUUUACCUCGUCAUCUGGACGCCAUGGAUGAGGAUACUUCAUACAAUUUCCUGCAGUGUGUCAUUACCAGGCAGCCAUCAUUUGGGUAUUUGGAGAACAUGGCACCUGCUCCAGGAUCUGAGAAGUCACAACAGGGUAUUCCGAUCUCUGCUUUCUAUGUGGAGGACUUGCGGCUUGGAAAUAUUAACUAUAUUCAAAGCGUGCACAAAAGAGUUGAAAUAAGGAAGGAUGAGUUUCGCUUUCGUUGCAAUGAUGGAACGAACCAAUCCCCUGUCAAUACUUUUCCAAUUGUUGUAUAUCCAGAAAAUGACGAGGAACCUGAGGUGUAUAUCCGUGAAUUUAUUGUAAUGGAAGGAAUGGAACUUAAAAUAGAUGCUCCUAUUCUGAAAGCUGUAGAUAAAGAUGAUCCCCCAGGUUCCUUGACCUACAUUAUCUCAAGGCCACCCGAACAUGGUCAGAUUGUACAACAGAGGACUAUUGCAGGAAUCUUUCCUGUUUCUAGUUUUAAUGAAAAUGACAUAGCGAAAUCAUCCACCAUUAUGUAUAAACAUGAUGAUUCUGAAACGCUGAGGGACUCCUUUGAAUUUAUACUUACAGAUGGAACGUUCAAUAUUACCCGCACUGUUCCAAUAAUCAUUUUACCUUUAGAUGACGAAACACCUAGACUUACUGUGAAUAAUGGACUAGAAAUAGAAGUAGUAGGAGGAAGAAAACUCAUAACCAACAAUCAUCUUAGAGCAGAGGACAUAGAUUCAGAAGAUUCAAAUAUUACUUUCAUAAUUAGGGCCUAUCCAAAAUAUGGAUAUGUUCUAAAGAGGGGAAAUGAUGGUGUAGUGAGAAAUUUAACUUUACACAUGAAUUUUACUCAAUUUGACAUUGAUAACAACAGAGUCUGGUAUGUCCAUACUGAUACGAAUAGUGGACAAGAUCUAAUUAAGUUUGAUGUAACAGAUGGCCUAAAUCCUAUUGUGGACCGUUACUUUCAUGUAACCAUUGCAGAAUUAGACACCAUUUAUCCCCAGGUGAUAAGUAGAGGGGUGCAGUUACCAGAGGGGGGAUUUGUAACAUUGACUACUGAUAUGAUCGGAGGCACUGACAUCAACUCUCCUGAUGAGGACCUCAGGUUUACCAUAACAAAGGCACCGAUUCAUGGCUUCCUGGAGUCAACGGACAAGCCAGGAAGUCCAAUACUGGUUUUCACUCAGCUAGACCUAGUCGGAAGCAAGAUUCGAUACGUUCAUAAUUCUAAUUCGGAAAUCAAGAUGGAUGGCUUUCAGUUUGAGGUGACCGAUGGGAAUAAUCCUGUUACAAGGACAUUCAGAAUCGCUAUUACUGAUGUAGACAACAAGAAACCUGUGCUCUUCUGCAAUAAUCUGAGGAUGCAAGAAGGAGGAAACAAAAUCAUAACCCCGUUUGAUCUGAGGGUAGAGGAUCUGGACACACCCAAUCAGAAAAUCACAUUCUACAUCACACAAGUACCACUACAUGGCAACAUUCUUAAAAACUUCUCACAAACUGUGAACACAUUCACUUACGAGGACAUUGUGAAUAACCUUAUAACAUACCAACAUGACGGAACAGAGACAACUCGGGAUGAAUUCUCCUUCACCAUCACUGACAAUACUAAUGUGGACUUCUAUGUUUUGUCUGAUAUGUCCAUUCCAACAAGGCUUCCUCAGACUUUAAUAAUUGAGGUGGUACCAGUGGACAAUGGAAUUCCCAGUGUGUCCAUAAAUAAAAGAAUUACCUCCCUUGGCUAUCUACCUAAUGGGCGUACAGGGGUGAAGCUGACGAGUAAGGUACUACGAGCAGAAGACCGGGACAGUACAGAUGACAAUUUGACGUUUCUAUUGACAGUUCUUCCACAGCAUGGUCACCUUGUCAACACAAGGAAAGGAAUCGGAGCCAUCAACUCCUGGACUCAGGAGGACAUCAAUGGAGGCCUGAUGUUCUAUGUGCUGAAUCCGUCUUCUAAUGCCACGGCUGAUACAUUCUUCUUCAAGCUUCGAGAUAAAGGGGGAAAUGUUUUGCCAAACCAGCCCUUCCAUCUUACUUGGUGCCUUAUAUCUUUUACUGCUGACAGACAGGAAGUGAAUGAAACUGACACUUUAGUCAUAGAACUACAGAGGAGGGGGCACCUGCAGGAGACAGUCUUUGUCACUAUAACAGCUGUCAAUGGAAGUGCCAGACUUGGAAUUGAUACACAUAAAUGGUUUAAUCCCCAAAUCCAAUUUAAUCCAGGACAAAGUUUAAAAACUUGGACCCUUCACAUAGUGAAUGACAACCAGUAUGAACGCACAGAAAAUUUUCAGUUAAGGCUGACAGAUCCUGUAUCCACCAUUCUAGAAUAUCCACAGGUUGCUAACUUUACAAUCACUGACCCAGAAGAUGAGCCAGUUGUAGAAUUAAUGUGGAGAGAGAGACGGGUCUCUGAAGACAUUGGAGAAAUCUUUGUCCCUGUUCGACGCACCCAGGGUGACCUCAGAGAUGAACUCACAGUCAUUUGUGGAACUUUGUCAGGUACAGCAACAGGGACCCCCCCAGGAAAGGUUCUUUCAGGGUCAGACUACUUCAGUCGACCGUUUGAUCAUCGCAGCGUCAUCAGGUUUGGUCCCCAGGAACAGGACCGACUCUGCAAGGUGACUCUCAUUGAUGAUUCGCUUUACGAGGGGGAGGAGAGCUUCAAGGUCGUCCUGACAGAUGUCCUGGGUGGGCAGAUCGGUGCCCUAAAUGAGACCAUUAUCCUCAUUGAACCAGACGCUGAAGAUGAGCCCCAGUUUUCAUUUGAGAGAUCAGAGUAUGUGGUUGAUGAGAGUGAAAAGCAGAUAGAGGUGGGGAUCCGAAGGAGUGGAACUGACCUCUCCAAGCCGUCCAGUGUGACAAUCCGCUCACGCAUGACCAAUCCCAAGUCAGCCCAAGCUGGAUUAGACUACAUUGCAGUUAAUAAGAUCCUAGAUUUUGCUCCGGGUGUAACAUUGAAUACAAUAUCAAUCCAGAUUCUGGAUGACCUUGGGAGACCUCACCUUGAAGGGAUAGAGCACUUCCAGAUAGUGCUGAAAUCUACAAUCGGAGGGUCACUGGGGUCUCCAGAUAGAGCCUUGGUCUACAUCAAUGACUCUGUAUCAGAUGUUCCCUCUAUGCAAUUUGAAGACCCUGAGUAUUUUGUAAAUGAGGAGCAAGGUUUUGCUGAAGCUGUAAUUGUUAGAUCAGGGGACAUAAGCCAUGAUUCCAGCGUGAGGUGUUACACCAGGCAGUCUACAGCCCGCGUGACCAAGGACUUCAGGGAGAGGAUGGACACAGAUGGCUCACUGAUUCAUUUUAAGCCUGGUGAGAGACAGAAGUCUUGCCGAGUGUAUAUUGUGAAUGACAAUAUAUAUGAGCCAGAUUCUGAGGUAUUUAGGCUAGUUCUUGGAAAUCCUUGGAGCCUGGCAGCUGGAUUAGCAACAGUUGGAAGGAUGAACUCAACAACUAUUAGAAUUAAUGAUGAUUCAGAUAAGCCUAUUAUUAAAUUUUCACGACCGAGAUACUUUGUGAAUGAGCCACUUCUACCUGGGGAUGUGUCAAAGGUCAUAAUUCCUGUUAGAAGACUUGGGGACGUCUCAGGAGUGUCUAAGGUUCUGUUCCAUACCAAAGAUGGCUCUGCCCACAGUGGAAAGGAUUACGAUCCACUUGCUAAAGAAUUACUGUUUAAUCCUGGUAUGUCAACAAUACAUGUGGAGAUUUCCAUUCUUCAUGAUGCCAGAAGGGAGAUAAGUGAGAUUUUCACUGUACACUUGGGACAAGACAGAAAUGGAAUAGCAGAGGUCAAGAGAAAUGCUCGGGCUCAGGUUGUGAUUGAGGAGAAGAAUCGAUUGGCUGACGUUGUGUUCCCUCUGAGACCACUGGCAGUAUCACUCCGAGAUUACGACAGAGCUUCCACGGCAGAUGUUCACCCGGUCAACGGAUACCCCGUCAUCUGUAUCACUGCUUGCAACCCAAUGCACCCACAGUACACAAAAUUAUCUCAGGUUUGUAGGGAUUCUAGAAUUGACAAUAAAGCCACAAGAUUUCGCUGGAAAGUUGCUGCACCAACAGAGAAAUAUGGAGUGACUCAUCCCCUGGAAGACAUAAGAUCCACCACCUUUUUUGCUGCUACAAAUGGAAUCACUCUUGACAGUAUAUACUUCACUGCAGGCAGUAGAGUACAGUGCAUUGCUAGAGCCUUCAAUUCUGAAGGUCACCCAGGUAAAGAAAUGACCAGUAGACCAGUGAUCAUUGACAAUAGGAAUGGAAUCUGUAUGCCCAGGCAGAAUGGGUCUCCAGGGAAUCAACCAUAUCAAGCAAGCAUCAGAUACCAAGGUCCUAAAAGCAGGGAUCAUCCCAACACAGUUAAGAUUUCGGUCACCAUCCCCCAUACUGAUGGCCUUCUGCCAGUGGUCUCCACAUAUCAGCCAUCUAACUUUGAUUACAUCCUGACACCCAGCAGUCUGAGAGUAGCCCAGCACCAGUGCUCUAACUUACUGGAUGCCACAGAACACUUAGGAGGGUUCACUUCUAAUGUCACUCGCCAUCGUAACGCUGUAGGGGAUGCAGAACCUAAUCAACAUAAUGUGGACCUACGUUCAGCACCCACUCUCAGGUUUUACAGGAACUUGGACAUAGAAUCUUGUGUAUGGGAGAUAACUGGUUACUUUGGCCUGUCUGAACUGGUGUCAAAGUGCGGAGGUCAAAUCAGGUCAGAUGGACAGUCCAUUUCCUCUACACUGUCUGCAAUCACCCUGGAUGUGUGGCUGUAUGUGUCCUAUGUCAGGUAUUCCCCAGCUGUCCCUGGGGCGUGGUUCCAUCAGGACCACCAAACGGUUCUACCCCUGACUUUCGUGUACAACACGGGUAUCAUGUGGGGGGAAGGAAUUGUAUCCCCAUCUACAGUCGAUGUCAAAGGGAGCUUGUAUCCGUCAGCCAUGAGAGUUCUAGAUGAUGGCAGACUACAUGUGUCUUUCACUACUAAGGCAGCUUUUACUGGAAAAUUCAUACUACAGGAUACCUCACCACAAGGUGUACUAACAUCAUUUGUGACUUCACCCGACCACCCAGGAUUAUCUCUGACACUGCAGCUUUUGGGCGGAGAUUCAACGUUCAACCAACCAGAACAACUCUGGCAGUUUGAAUCUAAUUUUGCAAUUGAAGACUACACCGGUGUAUACAACAUUUCUCUGAUCCCCUGUCUGACCCCGGUCCAUCAGACCUACAUGACUGAUGGUCCCUGCUACCCCCAGGCCCCCGUCUCUUUCUCCCUCCCUGUCCAGUUCCAGCAGAUCAGUGACCCCGUCCCAGUGGAGUACACACUGGACACCGACUUCCACUUGAUGAGAAAGAAAGAACAGUGGAUGUCUGAAGACCCAGGGAAAUACACACAGAACAGGGUCUCCUCCUUUGCUCCCGGUGAGAAAAUCUAUGGUAGAAUUGACAUUAAAAGUGUCCAGAGGAUGGGGGAGCAUUUACAGGUGUCUCUGGAGAAAGUUUUCAUUUGCUCAGGCAAGGAUGGCUACAUUCCAACAUUUGAUCCAGAAUCUGAACAAUAUGGCUGCCUCUCAGACUCGGAAAAAUUACAGUAUCACCUGAAAAUAAUUGACCGCUUGGCUCCUUUUACAGUUGAUAAAGAUUUGAAUGGAAUACCUUUAUCAGCCAAACUGGCCGAGGAAGAUGCAGCCAUUAGACUGGUCAAACAGCCUGGAGCAGAUGGAUUUGUUAUUGAUACUGAACCACUCUUCAAGAGUGAUCCUGACAGACUCUGGUUUCUGCAUGUUGUCUACAAUUUACAUUCACCGAAUACUCAAGAUGGCAGGAUAGCCCCCUACCACUCCCUGCCUGUUGAUAACACAGCCCCUCAUUGGCUGAGGAGACAGAGAAGGUCCCCUAAGGAUGAGUUAGGACUAUCAGGAAAAGGAACCAAUAUGAUCCGGAUUGUUCUCACAGAGAAGCAUUACGAGGAGGAGGACAUGAGGGCUGGAGUAUCCGAGGUUUCUGAGGACCAGAAGGGAGAGAGGUCCUCACUCAUUCCAAUACUUGUAGGAAUAGCAGUGUUACUGUGUCUGACUCUUAUAUUGCUCAUAUUCAUCAUUCGAAAAAAGAGGAAGGACUCCUCACCCCCUCCCACCCCUGAUAGUACGAUGACUGUGGUGUCUACUGGACCUCGCAAGGUUGUGGUCAAAAUUGACACACAGGGAGAUUUUACAGAGGUUUAACUCAUCUUCAGGUUCCAGAUUGGAGAGAAAUCGAUUAAUAUCAAAAGAAAGAAUACUCAAAUAUAGUACCAAAUGAUAUUUCAUGAUAUUAUACCAUAUUUUCACAUCAGCAUCCAUUUAGUCUCUGAUAUUGAAGUAGAAAUAAUUUAUGAAGUGAUAUAUAGAAAUCCAAAGUCAUUAUCUUCAUAUGUGUACACAGUACAAUGUAUAUAUGCUCUUUUUAAUUAUUAUGAAAAAAAUCAGAGGCAUGGCUAUUGAAUCAAGAAGUAUAUCAUGAAACAAACACUCAAAUCACUUGCUUUGUAUUAAUGACUAUAAAUAAUGCAUUCCAUUGGUUGUAUUAAAUGAGUGCUCUAUGAUAUCAAACCAAGUUUGAUAUGCUUUCUGUGUAUCUUAUGUGUGCCUUAUGAAAGUGAUAUUUUUGCAUAUUAAUCAUUAUUUCAUUCAUGUGUGCUUUAAGAAUAAUAAUUCUUGUGUUAAUUGCUGUAAAGUGCACACUGUUACUGAAGCAUGUGCACAUACUCUCUGUAUUUAAUGAUGUCAUGAAUUUUAUAUCCUGUGCAUUCCAAAAUGUAACAAUCAUGAUUGUAUUGCUUGUACUGUAUAAAUUUUUUAGCAUUGAAAAUGAAAUCAAAUGUUAUGCUGUACUGUUUUAAAAACAUGAAAGUUGUAGAUGUUUCCUUAAAUGCUGCAAAUACUCAUCCUAUCUUUGUGUAAUAACAAAGAAAAUGUGUCAAAUGGUGUGUUUGUAUAUUAUCCUUGUUCCCUCUUUUCUCAUAAUAUGGAAAAUAGUAUUUUCAUGGCUGCAUGUUUUACAAAAUUGUUUUAGGUGAAAUGUUGUUUGUAGAAAAUUUUAUUACAUUUGAUUGCGUGUAUGUUUUUUUUUUUUUUUUUUUUUUUUUUUACAUACUUUUACUAUAAUUAUGGCUUUAAUUGUUGUGCAGGACAUUUUUUGAGUUUUAUUUAAUAUUGGGCUUUUUUGUUUUUAAUUUCUGAAAACAGGUAUUUUCACAUUGAUACUUUUUGAGGUCUUAUCUUUUUAAAAUUGGAAUAUAUGUAAUACUGUAUAAUCCCUAUUAACCGCCCCUGCCCCUAUAAGCGCCCCUCUAGGUCUUUUUUAAUUGUCAGGAAAUAAGGGCCCCCUGUACAGUGAUUAAAAUCAUCUAGAAUCGUAUCAAAAGUCUGCCAAGAUUUGAAGAAAGUGAAAAUGAAACUUUCUAUAAUCCAAUUUCUUGGUGGAAUAUGAAUCAUUUAGCAUAAUAUGGAAGGAUUAUCUUCACUUAAAGUAAAGUUAGACAUAUUUUAGUGUUUCUUUGAAUUUAUUUUUUUUUCAAAAGAUUUUUUGAAAUUAAAAUAUGACAUUAAAUUUUAGGAAGAGAAUACCAAAAUAACCGCCCCCUUUUCGCAAUUUUCUAAGCGCCCGGGGCGGUUAAUAGGGAUUAUACGGUAAUAAAAAGAAUGAAUUAUUAAUAAUGACAGUUUACAUCUACAUAUGUUAAUAUGAUAUUAUAAGUAUAUAUAUCAGUAUAGUUUGAAAAUCAAUCAAGUAUCAUAUUUUAAAAAUAUAGAUAUGGAAUAUUUUGAAUUAAUUCUUAAAUGUUAGUGCGUUUUCAGAAUAUGGUCAUGGGAUUUAUAAACUUUAUACUUUUGUGUUCGGGUGAAAAAAAGCUUUAAUCUGGUUGUUUUAAUUUAUUUUUCUUUAAUUAAUUGUUGCAUUAUUUUUAAAGUGCUAUUUACAUAUAUUUCAAUACUUCAAAGUAUGCUGAAAUGAUAUUUGUGUAUGCUGACUAUUUAAAUGUAUGGAAUAAAAACAUGCAUAAAGUGUUAA